AUGGAUAUCGACGCAACAGAAACCAAGGUGCAGAUCCGUCUUACUACGCGCGAUGCUAGCCUGCAAAUCUCGGAGGAGCCGAACAUUCUUUUAGUUCAGACAUCUCUGACACGACACAAGCUUUCGACACUUGUGAACGAACUUCUACACCGCGAUGACGACAGUCGCAUACCGUUCGACAUCCUGAUCAAUGGCGAAUUUCUCCGGUCCACAAUCGACGAGUUUCUUACCAAGAAUGGUAUCAAUGCCGAGUCAACGCUGGAUGUUGAAUACACGAGAGCUUUGGUGCCACCUCUGAACGUCACGAGCUUCGAACACGACGACUGGGUUUCUGCCGUGGAUAUCUUGUCAGGGGUGCAAAGCGGACAAGAGAGAAUACUGAGUGCGAGUUAUGAUGGACUGUUAAGAGUGUGGAACACUUCAGGUGAUGUUUUGGCAACUUCCGAAGCUCCCAACAACGGCGGUCGCGUCACGAGCUUGAAGACGGCUAAGUGGUUGUCGGAGAAGAAAGUGGUGGCUGCGGGCUUGGACAACACUGUUCGUGUUUACAAGUACGACGAUGAUACGCGAACCAUUACGACGGCUCUCGAACUCUUCAACCAUCGCUGGGGUGUCGAAGACGUCGCGGUUCACGCUCCCUCCAGCCGUAUUCUCUCCGCCUCUUCGGAUACCACUAUUUCACUUUUCUCGAGCAACGCAAAGGAAAACCCGGUUGCACCGCCAAACUUCCUGCCGAGCUCAAAUGCUGCCUCCAACAAGCGACAAAAGCUUUCCAAGCCCGAUCGCACGGUUCCCGCUCGUGGAGCGCUGGCUACGUUUAGCGGUCAUAGUUCGCCGGUAUCUAGCGUCAUCUUUAAGCCGGAUGAUGCUACAGUCGCAUACUCAGCAUCUCAUGACCAUACACUCAAAACCUGGGAUCUCCCUACUCAGUCGUGCGUUGACACCCGCACGACUGGUCAUUCGCUUCUCUCUCUAUGCGCCAUUCCUUCCCGAAACCUUCUUGCAACUGGUACCUCAGCACGACACAUCACAUUGGUCGAUCCCCGUGCGUCCGCUACGCAAAUCAGCGUUAUGACACUACGAGGCCACAAGAACGGUGUUGUUUCCUUGGACACAGAUCCUUCCUCCGAAUACAACCUGGCUUCUGCUUCGCACGAUGGAACAGUUCAGAUUUGGGACCUCAGGAAUGUCAGUACAGGCGGACAGGUUGGAGAGGGAAUGACUGGUGAGAGCGUAUACACCAUCUACAGGCAAGGACGCGAUACUGCCAAGAGCCAUGGUGAGGGCGCCAAGGUCUUCAGCGUACGGUGGGAUCGCGCCGUGGGCAUCGUUUCGGGUGGCGAGGAUAAACGAGUGCAGAUUAACCGCGCUCUCGGCUCAUAA